GUUAUUGUAUUUAUGAAUUUUAAUAAAGUUGUCUUCUUUGUGUGUUUUUGUUGAGCAGCAGCAGCAGACAGCGGUACCGGAACAUUAACGGAACAUCACCGGAACAUUACCGGCUCUCCGUCAGUGCCCCUGUUUGUGUCUCCACAUGGAGGACAGUCCGGACAGCAGCGUCCUGCAGCGGACACACAGCACCGGCAGCACCGGCAGCACCGGGCCGACGGUGAGACAACACCCGGUGGUGAAGGUGGAGUCAGGUGUGUCAGGUGACUCAGGCAUGUCGGCCUUGACGCCUUCACAGACCGCUGAGCUUCACUUCCUGCGUUCACGGGUUCGAGAGCUAGAGCGCGAGAAGGCGGAGCUGUCGGCGGAGAACCAGAGGCUGAACAACAUGCUGGUUCAUGAGAUCCCUGGGCUUCUGUCCACCAUGUGGCAGACGCUGGGCCAGGUCAACAGUCAUCAUUCCGUCUCCAUGGCAACAGGCAGGACCGACAGUUACACUUCGUACUCGCAUCACCACCACACAGCGACCAAUCAGGACAGAGACUUCAGUCCCCAGGUCCACGUCCAGCAGGUCCAGGAGGAGGUGGGCGGGGACUUGUUGGAUUCCUGGGGCCCACUGGGCUCCGAGGAUGAGGAGGUGCCGGACCUGGGCCUGGGGAGCCACAUGGGGGAGGAGGCACCGCUCUGCAGCCAGACCGACAUGGAGGAGCUGAGGAGGAGCUGCUCCGAGAGCCAGUGUACCGCUGGACACAUCAACGGACAGGUGAGCCAGGUGGAGGUGUAUCCGGGCUCUGGUGUUCUCUGUGAUGUCCGCUCAUGGCAGGCAGCCAAUCAGGCGCCGUCUCCCACGGCAAUGGCACGGUUGCUGCUGCUGGGAGUGUUUGAUAUGAACACCCUGAUGAACAGCAACCUGCGAGGCGGGCGGAGCCGCCGACCCGCCUUCCACCCACAGCGCAGCGCUCUGGACCCGCACAAGAUCAAUGCCAUCUUCAACGCCAUCUUGGCUCGGUUUCCUCUCGCCAAGCGAGGAGUCAUUGGCUCUGGAAUCAACUCCAAACUGUCAGAGAUCCGUUUCCGCUCCCGGAGAGCCAAUCGAGACCCCCGAUUCCUCUGACAGACAGCUAGACGGCUUCUCC